GUUGGUGCCGUUAGUGGUUACGCAGUGUACUCUUUCCUUGGAUCCAACGACACCGAAGUCCUGGUGCAGAAUGGAAUAGAACAGAGAUAUUACAAAAUAUUCGAGAACAAGGAAACGAAAUGGGAUUCUAACUGGGACAAGUGUUAACUCGACCUCAUUAAAAUAUUUACUAUUCCUGUCCGUCAGUCUUGCUCGUACAUAAAAUAUUACACUGCUACCGUCACUACACUGCCGCACAAUGGAAACAUCAACAAAACGAUCUGGCCGCCAGCCUUCAGCAAAAACGAAAAAAGAAAACAUUCAAGUCAUUGUGAGAUGCAGACCGAUGAGUUCCAAAGAAGUGUCCAAUGGGUAUACAGGGGUUGUGAAAAUAUCCAAAGAAGACAAUUCCGUAGCCGUUUCGGUUCCCAAAAAUGAUGAUUCUGAAUAUAAACAGUUUACGUUUGAUUCUGUUUUUGAUUGGAAUUCUACUCAAGAAGAGCUGUACAAGAAAAUGGUCCAUCCACUCAUUGAAUCUAUUUUAAAUGGAUUUAACGCUACUAUUUUUGCUUAUGGACAGACUGGAACUGGUAAAACAUUUACAAUGGAAGGAAUCCGAGAUGAAAAACUACCUUUAUCUGAACAAGCAAACCGUGGAAUAAUACCUAGAACUUUUGAACAGAUUUUCCAAACUAUUGAACAAUCAAAUAAUAAACAAUAUUUAGUGUUUUCUUCAUACUUGGAAAUAUAUCAGGAAGAAAUUCAUGAUUUGUUAGAAGCAAAAUCUAAAGGAAAGUGUGACCUUCGUGAAGACAAAGAUGUUGGUGUUUAUGUUAAUAAUUUAAACAAAUAUAUUUGCAAAAACGUCCAAGAAAUCUUAAAAGUCAUGCAAGAAGGUAACAAAAACCGAACGAUAGGUGCUACCGACAUGAAUGAACAUAGUUCUAGGAGUCAUGCUAUUUUUACGGUUACUGUUGAAAUAAAAAGUUCUACUGAACGUAUUAGGGUUGGGAAAUUGAAUCUCGUUGAUUUAGCAGGUAGUGAAAGACAGAGUAAGAGUGGGGCCACUGGUCAAAGGCUCAAAGAAGCUGGGAAAAUAAAUCUUUCACUAUCUACUUUAGGAAAUGUUAUACAUGCACUAAUAGAAGAAAAUUCCUCGCAUAUACCGUACAGAGAUUCCAAACUCACUCGAUUAUUACAAGAUUCAUUGGGAGGUAAUUCAAAAACAUUGAUGAUUGCUAAUAUCGGUCCAGCCAGUUAUAACUGGGAUGAAACACUCACAACUUUACGCUAUGCUAACAGAGCAAAAAAUAUUCAUAAUGCACCACGUGUUAAUGAAGAUCCAAAGGAUGCUUUGAUUAGACAAUAUCAGGAUGAAAUAUCAAAGCUACGCAACAUUUUAAAUGAAAAAUCAUCUAAAAAAGUUACUACUAAAAAAGGAAAACAUGAGGAAAAAAAUUACGAUGUGGAAAAUCUUCAAGAACAUACAAAGUUUUUAGAAAAACAACAACAAGAUUUAAAUGAAAAACGUAACAAUAUUUUGGAAAAUAAAGAUAAUUUAUCAACAGAUGAUCAAAAUAGAAUGUUGUACGAUAUAGAAUUAGAAAAGGCUAAAGUAGCUGAAGAAAUGGAUUUUAUGGCUUCAUUGAUUACUCGAAUUCAAUCCAUGGAAAGCAGUUUGUUGAGAGGAGGAAAGUCUAUUACGGAUCAUUUAUAUGAACAACAAAGUCAAAUUGAUAAACGUAAUAAAGAAAUUCAAGAAGAAAUAAAAAUGGAACAGGAGCUAGCCAAAAAUUUAGAAGAAAUUGCUGGUUAUACUGAGUCAAUUAGGGAAACCUAUUCGACAUUGCUAGAAGAAGUAGAAUCCAAACAAGCUAAAUUUGACAAAUUAAUGCUUCUUUAUCAAAGUCUUAAAGGAGAAUUAAAAGUUAAAGAGGAUGAAUAUUCAAAUCAACGAAGAGACAUUGAGUCUAAUCAAGAAGCAAUGACUCGUCAAUUAAAACUUGGUAAUAUAAUAAUGUCAAAUUUUAUACCUCAAGAUGAACUUCAAAGUGUCAAGGAUAGAUUGUAUUAUGAUGAUGAUACCAAUGAAUGGCGCAUGGUUAGUAAUCAAUUAGAAGGUCAUACACGUGGCUGCAUUAAUGGUGUGAUUAAUACGAGAAGGAAUGAGAAUUUAAUAACAUUAAAUUUACUUACACUUGAACAUAAAUUAGAAGAGUAUAAGAAACCAGAAAUUUCACCUUCAUUAUUAUCAAUGCUUGAUGAAGCAUUAAAAGUUGAGGACGAUCUGCAGGUUGAUGCAUCGAUUGCAGAACGGCCAAAAAGCGUACGAAGUGCUGUUGGACCAAAGAUUAAACCCACUUCAAAUAAAAACUACCCAAGAGCACGAGGCUUGAUACCAAAAUAAAAAUAUUUGCUGGACGCUCGAAUUUGUGCACCAAAUAAUUAUGUUGUUAAUUUUAUAAUAUUUAAAUACUAAGAACUACUAUCAAAUAAGACUGCAUUGUUAAAUUUAUAUUCUGCUCACUGAUAUUGUGUAAUAAGUACCUAACACGUAUAGGUAUAUUUAUUUAUGUUAUGCUUUUGUAUGUUCUUUAACAUUCCUAGUCACUUAUAAGAAAAAUUAAUUUUAUUUUGUUUCCUAUUUUCUAUUGUUAAUAUUUUGCUUUACAAUCUCAAUUGUUUUUUAAUUGCUUCUUGCAAAAUAAGUCCUAAUCAAAACUAACAUAGUCAUAUUGUCUAGUCUUUCAGCACAAUGAAUGACACUAAUAAAUUAUAUUUCAUAUUAUCUA